AUGUCCAUUGACUUCCCUAAGGAGGAGGAGGCCCUCCUAGAGAGGUGGAGAGAGAUCAAGGCCUUCGAGCGCCAGCUCGAGCUCUCUCAAGGUCGCCCUCACUACACCUUCUACGAUGGCCCUCCCUUCGCGACGGGUCUGCCGCAUUACGGCCAUCUUCUGGCCUCCACUAUCAAAGAUAUCAUACCCCGCUACUGGUCAAUGAAAGGAUUUCACGUCGAGAGACGCUUUGGAUGGGAUACACAUGGUCUUCCCAUUGAACAUGAGAUCGACAAGAAGCUAGGGAUCUCAGGCAAAGCUGGUGUCAUGGAGCUCGGCCUGGCCAAAUAUAACGAAGAAUGCCGAUCUAUUGUCAUGCGUUUCAGUGGAGAGUGGAGGAGAUUCAUUGAGCGACUUGGCCGGUGGAUUGACUUCGACAACGACUACAAGACCAUGGACACCAACUUCAUGGAGUCGGAAUGGUGGGCAUUCAAGACCCUUUUUGACAAGGGCAUGGUGUACAGGGGUCACCGGGUCAUGCCAUACAGCACAGUGCUCUGCACUGCUCUAAGCAACUUCGAGGCGAACCAGAACUAUCAGGAUGUCACAGACCCGGCCGUUGUGGUCAACUUCCCGCUUGUUGACGACCCGAAGACCAGCUUGCUAGCCUGGACAACAACACCAUGGACACUGCCGACUAACCUUGCUCUUGCGACACAUCCCGAGUUCGAAUACGUCAAGAUCCACGAUGAGAAGUCGGGCAAUAACUACAUUCUCCUCGAGAAGCUCCUCUCCACGCUGUACAAGGACCCAAAGAAGGCAAAGUUCAAGGUUCUUGAGAAGAUCAAGGGCAGGGAUAUGCUCGGAUGGAAGUAUCAGCCGCUUUUCGACUACUAUGUCGAGGACUUUGGAGAUGUUGCCUUCAAGGUUGUCAACGCCACAUAUGUCACUGACGACAGCGGUACGGGUAUUGUCCACCAAGCACCGGCCUUUGGAGAGGAUGAUUAUGCCGUUGCGAAAGAACAUGGCAUCGUCACGGAGGACCGCGCGCCCCCCGACCCGCUCAACGAAUCAGCCCAUUACCUGAGCAAGAUCAAGGACUUCGAGGGAAUGCACGUCAAGGAAGCUGACAAGCACAUCAUCAAGUACUUGAAGAAUGCAGGGCGACUGAUUGUAGACUCACAGUUGAAGCAUUCCUACCCCUUUUGCCCCCGGUCGGAUACUCCUCUGAUCUAUAGGGCUGUGCCAUCUUGGUUCAUCCGUAUCCCUGAGAUCAUCCCACAAAUGUUGGAGAACAUCCAGGGCUCUCAAUGGACCCCGAGUGCUGUGAAGGACCGCCGAUUCGCCAACUGGAUCGAGAACGCGCGGGACUGGAACGUCUCCAGAAAUCGGUUCUGGGGUACCCCUAUCCCCAUCUUCCGCAGCGAGGAUGGCGAAGAGGUUGUCUGUUUUGGCAGUAUUGCCGAGUUGAAGGAGCUGAGUGGAUAUGAGGGUGAUCUCUCUGAUAUCCAUCCGGAUAAGAUCAACCAUAUUACCAUACCCAGUAAGAAGGGCAAGGGAGACCUGAAACUGGUUGGUGAGGUCUUUGACUGCUGGUUCGAGUCAGGAAGCAUGCCUUUCGCUAGUCAACAUUACCCCUUCGAGAAUGAAGCGAAGUUUAAGGAUUGCUUCCCAGGAGACUUCAUUGCCGAAGGCCUCGACCAGACUCGAGGUUGGUUCUAUACCUUGGUAGUUCUGGGUACUCACCUCUUCGGGAAGAUGCCUUUCAAGAACUGUGUCGUCAAUGGCAUAGUGCUUGCAGAAGACGGCAAGAAGAUGUCGAAGCGCCUGAAGAACUACCCAGAUCCUUCUAUCGUGAUGGAGAAGUAUGGCAGUGACGCCCUUCGACUCUACUUGAUCAACUCUCCUGUAGUAAGAGCAGAGCCGCUCCGCUUCAAGGAGACUGGCGUAAAGGAGGUCGUCCAAAAGGUUCUUCUACCUCUGUGGAACAGCUACAAAUUCUUUGAGGGUCAAGUCGCUUUGCUCAAGAAGGUCGAGGACGUGGAUUACAAGUUUGAUCCAUCCAUGGAGGCACAGAACACCAACAUCCUGGACAAGUGGAUCUUGGCCAGCACCCAGAGCUUGCUCAAGUUCGUCAAUGAGGAAAUGAACGGUUACCGUCUGUACACCGUCGUUCCGAAACUGCUUGAACUCAUUGACAACACCACAAAUUGGUACAUUCGAUUCAACCGAAGACGUCUCAAGGGAGAAUACGGCGUGGAGGAUACCAUCCACGCUCUCAACACACUUUUUGAGGUCCUUUACACACUUUGCCGUGGUCUGGCUCCUUUCACUCCCUUCUUGACCGACACCAUCUACCUGAAGCUGUUGCCCCAUAUUCCGAAGGAGCAACAAGCCGAGGACCCACGAAGUGUACAUUUCUUGCCUUAUCCAACAGUAAGACAGGAGCUCUUUAAUCCGGACGUUGAACGAAAGGUCCAGCGCAUGCAGACUGUCAUUGAGCUAGCGCGCUACUCUCGUGUCAGGAGAACGAUUGGUCUCAAGCAGCCUUUGAAGACAUUAGUAGUGCUUCACCCAGACCAGGCUUACCUGGACGAUGUUAAAUCACUUGAGACAUACAUCACCGAGGAGCUAAACGUACGAGAUCUGGUGCUUACAGCUGACGAGGCGUCAUAUAAUGUCGAGUAUAGCGUCAAUGCUGAUUGGCCAGUUCUGGGCAAGAAGUUGAGGAAAGACAUGGCUAGAGUCAAGAAAGCUCUGCCUUCGCUAAAGACUGACCAAAUCAAGGGCUACCUUGACAGCGGCAAGAUCCUGGUGGACGGUGUCGAGCUGGUAGCAGGAGAUCUGGUCGUGAAGAGAGUUUUGAAGGAGGACGAGUCCUCUAGAAACCUGGAGACCAACACCGACAAUUAUGUCCUCACUAUCCUCGAUUGCGAGAUUUACCCUGAGUUGGCUCACGAGGGUGUCGCAAGAGAAAUCAUCAACCGUGUCCAACGUCUACGGAAAAAGGCAGGUCUACAGCCUACCGAUGACAUCAAGAUGGAGUACAAGGUUCUUGCCGACCCUGAGAAUAUCGGUCUUUCAGAGGUCUUUGAGACGCAGUCUCCUAUGCUGGAGAAGGCGCUUCGGAGGCCCUUGGACAAGCAUGAAGUCACUCACGUCGAAGGGGAGAUCCCUGCAGGGAAGCAGGACGGCGUCAUUGCGGAGGAGAUGCAAGAGAUUCAGCAGGCUACAUUCCUGCUGAGACUUCUAACUCUCUGA